AGUGAUGUCGAUAUAUGGAUGGCUUAUCCUUUACAUGUGACGUCAGUUAAACGCUACCAGGCAAGCUAACGUGGUUAUAAAAAAAAAAACGUAUUUUGGAAAGCUGUAGGAAAAUUGAAUUAAACCGGAACGUCGAAACUGGAAAUCCGUCGAAUUUUAGAUUGUUGAUUAUUAGUCCAACACUUUGUCCGCUUGGUCCCGUAAUGGUGACAAGCAUAAGCGCUUAAAAGAUGGAUGGAUGGCCGGCCGAGCGGACGGCUUCGCCGACUCUCUGGCCGCGGUCUCCGGGAAGGCGCAGGAAAACGAGGGGCGAAGCGAGCGGCGAAUUAACGGAGCCAGUGUACCGGAUGAACUGCACUGUGAAACUCGAGCUUUGGGUGACACCUAGGCAGCGAGGCGGUGGGAGGGGGCUCCGCUCGGAGCUGCGGCGGGAUCCGGCGGAUUAGGGCUGCCGUGGCGAUCCGGGCGCCCGCGCGCCGCCGCUCCCUCCCGGCUUUCAAAUUAAAAGCAACUAGUGUCGCUCUGCAACGCCAGCCAGCGCGCCGAGCCACUUCUCAGCCGCAAAUGCUCAUUUCCUGCAAAAAAACACCAGUAUUUUUCAAACAUUUAUUGAACGUUUGUAUGCAUUUUUCCUUUGUCCCGAUAAAAGCGCUUUAGCGCAGCCGUGGGCUACAUACACAUCCCCAACGCUUUCAUUUAUGUCCUCUGAUUUAAGGUUUGCGUUUUAUUGAGAAUAAAAAGUAAAAUACCCCCGACUUUUUCCCUGCAAGCGUCUAAAUUCUAGCGUUUUGCUGUCGCGUAGCUUCAAAAUGUUGCCCGCUCGGUUUACAGCGUAGCGGAGACUAGGCUUCUAUGUAGGUCAGGCUGGGUCUAAGCAGCUUUCCCGAAUCUGCGUCAGCUUAAGCUGAAAGGAAUUUCAAUAAAGCCCUCCCUGGUAGGCGUGGGCCUAAAUGAGGCUGGCCUAGUUAAGCCUGAUUCCUUUUUGUGUGCGCGUUGUGUGACGGAAGGGGAAGCAGGGUCUGCUGUGCGUGCGCGCGCGAGGCUGUAUGUGUUUGGGAAAAAGGAGAAGAAGGGGGUGAGGAGGAAUUUUCGAGGUAUAAUUAAGAAGGAAAUAGAAAUCAAGGGAGGAGGAGGGGGAAUAAAAGAACAAAACAGAAAGGCCAGCACAGCAUGAGCAAGAAUGGCUGCUGUGUUCAUGGCAACCAGCAUGGUGGGGAAAUCCCGGUCCUCCAACUUCACACUCUCUGAGAAGCUGGACCUGCUGAGGCUGGUCAAGCCGCACAUCCGCAUCCUGGAGGAGCACACCAACAAGCACGCGGUAAUCGUGGACAAGAACAAGUGCUGGGACAACAUCGCGGAGCAGUACAACGCGCUGGGGGGGGACCGCCCCCCACGCACGGCGCAGGGCCUCCGCACGCUCUACAAGAGGCUGAAGGAGAAUGCCAAGCAGGAGAUGGUGCAGAGGAAGCACGCCCAGCCCGAGUACCGGGGCAACAUCUCCGAACCCACCAAGAGAGUCAUCGAGAUGAUCCCACACCUGUUCCAUCCGCUGCAUGAGAAGGACCUCCACGCCCUGCACAGGAUGCCCUACAAGCACGACUCGCCAGUUGAGCAUCCAGGAAGCAGUUCCUCCGUGCCAACGCUGUCCGACUACCAGCCCGUCGCCGCCAUCGUGCCUGUGCGGCUGGAACAGGAGGUGGACGUCAAACCCCCGCCAGACCUGACCAUCCUGUCCACGCGCGUGGAGAGCGUCGAGGAGGACGUGGCCUCUGAGCACGGUUUUGACGGGUCUAUCUCACCCUGCCCGUCCUCCAUGAACCUGGCCAUGUCGCCGUCCCCCGUGGCGGUGCGGCGGGACCUGUAUGCCCGGCCGGAGGGUCUGCGGCAGCUACCGGGCCUGGAGCCCGAGAGUCUGCAGCUGUCCCGAGAGGAGCAUGAGCUACUGAUGGACAACCAGCGCAAGCUGGGCCUCUACAUCGAGGAGAAGCGCGAGGGCCUGAAGCGGAAGCAACAGCUGGAGGAGGAGCUUCUGCGAGCUCGGAUUAAGGUGGAGAAGCUGAAGGCCGCCAGGCUGCGCCACGGACUCCCCAUCCCCCACAUAUGAGUCCCUGGGGGGGCGGAGCCUAUGGACAUCACUGUUUGUUUAUUGAACCCAAUUGGGAUUUGCUGGCCUACUUGUGUCCGCAACCUUUUGGCCGUUUGAAGCAACAGAAGUGGGAAGCCCCUGUUUGGGAAAACAAACGACGGCAAACGAACGUGACGGUCGGACAUCUCAUUGCGAGGAGUGUCGUUUUACACAUACAGUGUUUUUAAAUCACAGUCAUGGCCAAAAGUUUUGAGAAUGACACGUGUAUUGGUUUUCACAAAGUUUGCUGCUUCAGUGUUUGUAGAUCUUUUUGUCAGAUGUUUCUAUGCGAUACUGAAGCUUAAUUACGAGCAUUUCAUAAGUGUCAAAGGCUUUUAUUAACUCUUAAGUUUAUGCAAAGAUCAAUAUUUGCAGUGUUGGCCCUUCUAUUUUAAGACCUGCAAUUUGCCCUGACAUGCUGCCAAUCAACUGACUGCUGGCAGCCCAUUCUUGCAUAAUCAAUGCUUGGAGUUUGUCAGAAUUUGUGGGUUUUUGUUUGUCCACCCACCUCUUGAGGACUGACCACAAGUCCUCAAUGGGAUUAAGGUCUGGGGAGAUUCCUGGCCAUGGACCCAAAAUGUCGAUGUUUUGUUCCCCGAGUCACUUCGUCAUCACUUUUGCCUUGAGGCACGGUGCUCCAUCAUGCUGGAAAAGGGAUUGUUUGUCACCAAACUGUUCUUGGAUGGUUGGGAGAAGUUGCUCUCGGAGGAUGUUUUGGUACCAUUCUUUAUUCAUGGCUGUGUUCUU